UCUCUUUCAUUUGACGACUGUUUCACUUUCCCGCAGAAAAUAGGGUGUCGAAUCUGUCCUAUAACCUCCGUUAUAUUUAUUACUAUUUAAAGAUCAAAAAUGUAUCAUUUAUGAUAAUUGUGGUUUAAUUUGUGUAAAGAUUGUGCUAAGUGAUGUUGUGUAAUAUCGUUUGUAUUCUUGCGGUCACUCUGUAGCGUUUUUAAAAAUUAAACAUGGCCUCGAACCGAGGAAUUCAGAUCGGAUCCGCGUGGUUCCAACGGAAACUGAAUUUGAGGCCACAGCACAGGGGCGUGCACUUAGUUACGGAAGAGAUCCUCAAGCAGGUGCCUGAGUUGUCGCAGUUUGCCGUCGGCCUUUGCCAUAUCCAAAUAAUGCAUACUUCGGCAAGUCUUGCGCUAAACGAAAGUUGGGACCCAGACGUUAGAGACGAUAUGGAAAUGAUGCUCAACAAAAUAGUGCCGGAGGGACUUCCUUACCGCCACUCGUGCGAAGGUCCCGAUGAUAUGCCUGCCCACGUCAAGGCAUGUUUCUUAGGCUCUUCGCUCACAAUCCCCAUAACAGAUGGCAAGCUAAACCUAGGAACGUGGCAGGGUGUGUGGCUCUGUGAACAUAGGAACCAUGCUGGAAGCCGAAAGGUAGUGGUAACACUGUCCGGGUGCCCGCGCGACUCGCCGCUGUCGCCCGUGUCGGCCGCGUCGUGCUCCAGUUAGGAGCGGGGGGGGGCCGCGACCCCCCACACGCAGUCCCACUCGCGGCCCUCCUCCAAGAGCACAAGGAGGUAAAUCCCCCUUUUGUACGCGCGCCUUUGGAUGGGAUACUGUCUUGUGACGAGGGACGAGGGACCCCGCCGUACCGCGUUCAGUGACUUCGGAAGUUUUUGUGUGAUUUCGGAAUUUCGUUUCAGUUUAAAUAAUUGGGAUGGGACGUGUUAAGUGUAUGAAGCAUUUAAUAUUGUGUGAAAAUUGUUAGGGAUUUUUCAGAAUUAUUAUUGUUUUAAUGAAUGCAUUUUUACUAAACUGGUGAAGUUUUAAAUUGAUUUGUAUAUAGUGUUCAAUAAAUUUUACGACCAAACUUAAAUGAUGGUCUGAUAGAAAAACGAUUUUUUUAUUUGAAUAGAGGAACAACAUCCUAUAAAUCGGUUAUAUGUAUCAUAUAACACCUGGUUUGGUGUUGGUCCACACCCGAAUGUAAAGAACGUUUCUGAAUUAUGGCAUUUCACCUUUUUAAUAAUCAAGUCAUCUGCUCCCGAAUAGCUACGGUAGAAACAUUUCGUCGUCCUCAUACUUCUCUCCUUUCGAGAGAUUGCGCUUGCAUAAUAUACCUCGCCAUUUGGCUGAGGUUUAUCUUGGCCUAAUAAUCGUUGCCCAGUAGAACCAACUCUUAUGUGAUAACUUUGUCUCCACAUUUUGCCUAGAAAAGGGCCCUCUAGUUCUUCUUUUGGGUUAACCAUUUUACUAAAGAUAUCAGAGGAGCAUAUGGCACUAUAACUGGAAAUUAUGAAGUUACUAGCGGUCCGCCCCGGCUUCGCCCGUGGUACAUAUUCACGUUUUCUCUACAUAAGAACCAUCCUCGAACUUCAAGGAAUAGUAUGAAAAAAGAAUUAACGAAAUCGGUUAAGCCGUUCUCAAGUUAUGCGCUUACCAACACAUUUUGGGAUUCAUUUUUAUAUUAUAAGAUUUCUGAUGCGCAAAUAUCGCAGCAUAAAACACUAGGAACUUGAAUCAUAGUUAGCCAUUAUAUCAACCAUAUUUGUGACCGUUUUUAUAGAAUUUUGUUCCUUUAUCAAAUUAAUGUUCCUUAUUAAUUGUUAAGAUGCAUUUGUUGCCAUUUAAAUUAAUUUUUAUUGAUAUGUUAAAUUUAAAUAUCUCCUUGGAGAUGAUGAAAUUGCCAAAUAAUGAAAUUUCUCCUCCUCCCUAAACUUUUUACAGGAUUGUGAUCACGUAUCCAAAGAAUUGUUUAAAACGCAAUUUACCCAAUAACUUGUGUCAAAUAAAUUGUUAAUUGUAAUACGCAACUGUAAAAUAGCUUUCGAGAAGUCCCACCGAAUCGUUGAAAGUACGACGGAUUGUAUUCCGUGUAAAGGCGCUUACCUAGACGUUAGUUCUUAUUCUUAUCUUCGAGCGACAAUAUGUACAUAAGAUUAAUAUUUUGUAAAGCUCUGCAUGGCAGUUUGAACAGACCCGUUACGGUAGGCUGCUUCAGAAUUCAUACACAUUUCAUAGUUAGAAGUGGAACAGUCUUAUUAUUGAUGUAUAAACUCGGUUUCGUGAAGGUCAAACGUGUUAAACUUGUACAAAAGUAACCAAGUUUAUAUUAAAUGAAAUAUGCAGACUCGUAUUCAGCCGCGCGUAUUACUGCAGAUGUACGACACAAUAAAACCCUUUAAUUUCUUUAAACUUUCUAUAGGAAUUGAAUUUUAAUCGAGCACAAUUCCGCCUCACGUUCUCUGAUGAAGUGCCAUGCAAAGCGGUAACCUAUUGAUGUUAAGUUCAGUGUUAACUGAACCCGUUGUAAUUGUACAUAAUUAUGUGCAACAAUUUUAAAAUUAUACAUAAUUGUUGUUUUGUUAUUGCGAUGUGUCGAUAUGUACAUAAUCACGCGUGGACGUGGACAUUCCGCUUGUAGGUUCGGUUGAGGUCGAUGUGCUAUCUACUUUUAUCUUUAUCGUAACUAUGUUUAGAGUAUGACUUUCAGGUGUAUUUGUUUAUAUUAUAAUAUGACUAUUUUUCACUAUUGCACUUGUUCAGAUAUUUUCAACGCUCACAGGGAGACACAAUAUUUUUAUCAUGUCACUAUCUUAGAAGUUUUAUAUCGAAUCGAACACUCAUUUUGCAACACCAACUUCGUACGUAAUCGCACCGGUUAAUGGUCAGUCGACGUAAGUUAAGGGCUGAGUUUAGGUUAUUUAGGUAUUUGUACGUCUACGAUAGCUACCUUCUUUUCCGACAUUAGGUUAGAUCUCGUAACGAUUAGUACGUGAAACAUGUCCAUAGCUUUAAAUGUGUCACAUCCGUUGUAUCAACGGCUCCUUCCCGGGAUGACAAUGAGCUACAUUCGGUACCACUAGUUAGACGUAGUAUAUCAAUUACUUUUAAGAUCAUGUAAGUGCCUCGGAUUUAUGGGGUGGUUAUAUAAUUCAGUUGCAGACGCGUGUGGGCUCCGUAUCGGAGAUUCGUUGGAUUUGAUAGACUCGACUGAAUGAACUCUGCUUCCUCACGAUUCGUUAUUUUAAUUCCUUUGACAUUCAAUUCGACAUUGGCUUCUGCUACGAUUUUGGUUGAAACGUUCGUUUGGGCGUCAUAUAUUAAAGGCGUAUGUGUAUAGUUGUAUGUCUUCCUAUGUAAGUUCCAUCAUAAAGUCAAGACUAGUAUAUCUAAAGAUAUUGUAUCCGGUAUUCAGUAUAUGUGAACGGUAUUAGGGUAUUCGACACUCAUUGACACAAUUUAGACUAUUUGAAGUAUAUAUAGGAGGCUUCGAUUCGAAACCUUGGGCGGCAUAGUGAAAUAUAGACAAAUAUAUAGAUUUUAUGGAAGUAUAGAUGUAUGGUUUUGUACGGAUUGACGGUAGUUGGUAAUUUUAAAGGACAUUUUUCCGAAAGGAUUGGAGAACAUACGGACGGCUUCGAGUUGGUUAUGUUGCGUUCUUACGAAUAUUACUGUAUUGCACAAUCACACUGAAAACUUAGUUAGGAUUUUAAAUUAUAAAUAUUAGGAUACAAUUGCUUACUAUAAGCGUCGCUGGCUGUGGAACAGCUAGCUCAAACGUUCUUGUUUAUUUCAGUGGUACAAAGGACGUUAUAUCAUUAUGGAGUAAUACUUGGGCACACGUAGAAUGGGAAUCGGUACGGACAUAGGUUUUACAAUUAUUAUGUUCCUUGACUAUAACAUUUUUUGUUGCUCGUGGUGUUCAAAGGGUGGUUUUUCCUAUGCGACUCGAGGAGUAUGAAAUAUACGCACAAUCGAUUGGGACUGUGGUCAGCUUGGGGCUGGUGUAGCGGUUUUUAUUAAUGACUUAAUUAUUUUAAUGGUCGAAUCAUGACUUCACAUUCCUUUAAUACAUACAUAUAUUAUUAUUUCGGAAAUUAUUGGGUUUAAAUUUUUUUAUCAUACUUUAGCAGAUUAAGCUACUUUCCAAUGCUUAAUGGUUCGUUCGUCAUUUUAUUUUUAAUAGUGUUGUUGUUUUUAUUAUUUAUUAAGAUCCAUUUGUUUUUAUUGUGUAAGCACAAUUGUUAUUUGUACGGAUAGAUUGUCAUAACUGUAGGAUUUGGGUGUAGCGUCGGGGAUGGCUAAGUGCUUUCUUAAUAUCUGUAAAUAUUUUUGCAUUAAUAUAAAAUAAACAUUUAUCAAUGUACAUAUAGUGUUUCACAUGUAUAAAACGUUCGAAUGUAUGUGUGUUAGAUUUGCCACUGCCAGAAAAUAAGCCUCUUUGUAAUACGACCUUUUGAAUUAUGGUUUGGCACGUUAUUGUCAAUUUUAUGUGUUUUACAUAUGAUUACAUUGUAAAGGGUAGGUUUGUAACGACGCGACUGGUUCGCUUUUAAUCACGUGACUAGUUUACGCUUCUAUUUGUUACGUUGUUAUUUUUAACAUUCCUUUACAUUUGGAAAUGUUUAGUACGCUCCGGGGCGUCCUUGUUUUGUAUUAGCUUGUAUUGUCCCGCCAGGCUGUUUUGUAACAACGAAUUCCUUAGUCUACCCUAGUUAUUUGAUUGCUAUUCAAUAAUCAUGCUUUUAGGAAUUGUCCAAUGUUUGAUAUCAACCUAUGUACAAUCAUCAUUUUGCUAUGUAUUACAUUAUAUCAUUUUUAACCAUUUUACUAUUAAGUGGAAAUAAUAAUUUUGGACUUAUAUUAAAAUAUACGAAAAUACGUCUAGUUAAUGGUAUGAAAUAUUCAAUAUGAACGAUAUUAUUUGUAUUUCUUGGAUACAUUUUAUAAAUUUGAUUAGAACACGAAAUAUUCAAUAAGGGCACGAAAUUUUUUUCUUGAUAUUAUGUAAUUAUAUAAGCAAUUGUUUUAACUGUUAUUGCACAUAGGAAAAUGAGGUUGUAAUAGUUAAACACGAUGAAAGACAAAUAAUUUGUGUGUAUAUUAUUUAAGACGAUUAUGACGUUUAUACCAAAUGUAAUUGUACAGUGAUUUCACCCUCAUCAGUUGUUUUUUAAGCUCACAUAAGUGACGGACCGUCACGAUAAAACUUAAUUGUAACAUAUAACUUGUACAAUAUAAAUAUUAUAGAUCCACAAUUAUGAAAGAGAUUAAAUAUUUGCAAAAGUUA